CGAAGAAGCUUGACCUGACUUCGAAUUUUGUUUUGGUCGUUGUUGAAGCGUUUGAGAAACCCAAGUGGCAAGCUUUUGGUGAUGAGCAGCUAACUUUCGCAUCGUGCUGCUUUUACACGGCUGAAGUUGUGGAUUAGUUAGCCAUGUUCUUUCACCUGGAAUUGGAGCAUGAGAUUCUACUACAUCCUCGGUACUUUGGUAGAUCACUACUGGACACGGUGACACGGAAACUGUUCACAGAAGUGGAGGGUACUUGCCAUGGAAAAUGUGGCUUUGUCAUUGCCGUCACAACCAUCGAGAGUAUUGGCGAUGGGUUCAUUCAACCAGGCAGAGGAUUUGUCAUCUACCCUGUGAAGUACAAGGCUAUUGUAUUCAGACCUUUCAAGGGUGAGGUUUUAGAUGCUGUUGUCAAGGAUGUGAACAAGGUCGGCCUGUUCACAGAGAUUGGACCACUGCAGUGCUUUGUGUCUAGACAUUCUAUUCCUGGCAAUAUGGAGUUUGAUCCGAAUUCAAAUCCACCCUGCUACAAGACGGAAAACGAGGAAAUGGUCAUUCAACAGAAUGACGAGAUCCGGCUGAAAAUCGUCGGAACGAGAGUUGAUGCGGCCGACAUUUUUGCCAUCGGUUCACUCAUGGACGACUACUUAGGUUUGACCAGUUAGCCGUCGCACUGGCAAGCGAAAAGCGUUGUACGUCACACAGGGUUCCACGCCUUGGAUGCAGCUGUGGUGUUGGCUGCUUGCUGCUUGAGCUCAUGCAUCCCAAUAAUACUUGACAAAAAAAAACUUUAUUCUCUCCUCAUGCAACAUUCACUGGUUUGAGCAACAUUGACGACAUAAAAUUCUGCCACGAAAGUAGGCUCAUUAAAAAUCAUCAUUUUUUUCCUUCGUUCGUUUUCGUGUAUUCAGUGUAAAUAUUUUAGCUGCUCCCUCUCGUUCUCCCAGCUGAUGUUUAACGUUUUGUUUCCUUGUCUUAAUGAAGGUCACAAUGGAUUGCAAUCAAUCAAAGAACUAUUCGAUGUGCAUUGAUGGAGAGGGGGAGAGAGGGAUUUGGAUUUGGUUUGGGAUGACUAGAAUUUAGAAUUCUUUUCUCCAGCUUGCUGAUGUCUGAUCUAUCUCUAUACAUUCUAGUACACUUCUUCUGCUGUACAGUUUUCUGGAUUGUUUCCUCGAGCAGAAACAAGAAGAAAACACUUGCUGAACUCUGA